AUGCCUGCAAUUGCUCAACGACCGACUAUGGGAAGUCGGACUACCUCAGCCCCAGUGGGGGGACUGUACAAGUUGGAUGCGCGGAAACCGGGGGCAUCAGUGAACACUUUGGUGGAGGAAGAUGAGGGGUUCCCAACUGCUGAUGAGGCUCGCAGGACCCGGCAGAACGAGGACUCCAAGGCCGGAUUCCCCGAAGUGACUAUUGCCGUGGUGGGCGAGGAGAACGCUGGCAAGAGCAGCUUCGUCCGAUGUGCAUUGGAUAUGAAGAGCUCGCCUGUCGCUCCCUUGAAUAGAAAGAAGAUGUCGCUGGACGGAUCGGUCUACAUCGUGCGGCUACUGGAGGUCGACUUGACUCAGAUUCAAUUCGACCAGGAGAACAAUGUCCUGUGGCCUCGGACAGGACGAGACAGAGCUGCGCCAGCCAUUGAUGGAGUGCUGGUUUUGCAUGAUGCCACUAAGCCAGAUAGGCUUGCACUGACGACAAACCUGAUUUACUCCUUGGAAACGUCGACUCUGCCGUUCUUACAGGUUGGCUGCAAGUGCGAUGUCCACGCAGAGCCUCUGGAAGAAGCAGUGGAUGCAAUCCAUGAAAGAUACGAGAUUUACCGCACGUCUUUUUCCUCGCCACGAUCACAGCGAAUGUGUAUUGCGUUGGUGCUGCGGGCGGUGAUCUCAACUCGAGGUGAGCAAACUUUGGGUGCCUUGACCCCCUGGAGCGGGCCAGACCUCGAUCCUACUCCUCGAACAACCACCAAGUCUUUCCAACCUCACCCUCCCGAGAACCGUAACUCCGAAAAUCCAUUCCCAGCCGCUGGCGGCCCACCGACCCUUCCAGAUCAAUGUGUUGGAGGCGGUGAUCGUUCCUCCAGCGACCACUUGAAUAGCCUACCGCCAACCCCAAGUUCCACCCACUAUGCCCACCGUAAUUCGCAAGCGUUGCGACCGCAAACUCCCCCAGGAGCACGUUUGAACCAGCGCAGACCAUCAGCACAAGAAAACGACUCCCCAAGCCACGACAAUCGUCAGCAGCGACUACAUUCCGCCUGGCGACAUAGUGGAGGGUCGGACGCCUUCAACAGCUUUUUGAAUAUGGAGGACGAGAUGGAUGAUGGACAAAGCCGACCCCCGAGUCCUGGCGCCGUCGUGCGACCAAAGCCGAGCAGCGAGAGCAAUUCCAGCGCCGAGACAGGCUUAUCUUUCGAUGAGCUCGUCGACCGCUUGAUCUCGCUGCCCAUGUCGAAGCAGGAGCAGAAGUUCGGGUCCAUCUUCCUAUGUUUAUACCGCAAAUUUGCAGCCCCGGGAACCCUCUUGACUGCCCUGAUCAAUCGAUUCGAGCGAAAUGAGCAGAGCAACGUCGACCAGCUUGCCCGCAUGGCAGAUCAGCUACGCUUGCUCGACGUUAUGGCCCAAUGGGCAUCGGAAUACCCAGGAGAUUUCGCUCACCCUAAGCUUCGCAAGCGCAUUAUUGAUUUCGUUGCUACUCUCGAAAAGAGCCACUUUUAUAUGUUUGCUGCUAAGGAAAUCGGGUCACAAUUGGAUUCCAAUGCCGAAGACGAUGAUGUUGGUUGGGCCUACGGCGGUGAUGGCGACCCGGAUGAUGCCAGCCUUACGGAGACAUUUUUCGACAACUCUGGCCGCAGCUCCCCUGCGCCGGUCCAUACUGGCCUAAACAUUGGCACUGGCACAUACGAAGAUGAGGAAGAACAGGAUCCCAUAUAUAGUAUGAGUGCAUUGAAUCUCAGCGAUGGCCCGCAAGACUCUACAUCCCGACUUUCUGGCACUCUUUCGGUUUCUUCUACUGCCGACAAACCCAAUACCACGACAAAUCAGUCAUUCACACUUCUCAGUCUUGAUGCUGCUCAAAAAGAGGCUUUGCGUCUCGAAUUGAGUCCCAAGUCUCCUCUCAGCAAACUCCAGUGGCGUUUCUUCAUGGAAACGCCGGACGAGGAGUUUGCCCGAGAAUUGACCCGGAUUGACUGGAUCAUGUACAACUCGUUCCGGUCGCGUGAUCUGGUCCGUCAUGUCAGCCUGUCAGGCAUAGACAAGGACAAGAUUAAGAGUCUGUCGAAUGUCAACCGCAUGAUCAAACAGUUCAACAACCUCGCAUUCUUCGUAGCGAGCAUGAUCCUCCUACGAGAUAAGCCCAAGCACCGCGCGAAGGCGAUGGAAAAAUUCAUGAACAUCGCAGUGAAACUCCGCCGCCAAAACAACUAUAACUCCCUGGGUGCCGUAAUUGCCGCCAUCAACGGCACACCAGUCCACCGCCUAACGCAGACUCGAGAACUUAUCCCCAUUCCAGUUCAAAAAGAGUUUAUGCGCUUGGUUAUCCUGAUGAGCACGCAAAGAAGUCACUUCGCCUACCGUCUUGCCUGGGAAAACUCAUUCUCCGAACGAAUCCCCUUCCUCCCUCUCCACCGUCGCGACCUCGUCUCUGCCGAAGAAGGCAACAAGACUUUCGUUGGCGAGAACAAAUCUCGCAUUAAUUGGAAGAAAUUUGAGGUCAUGGGUGAGGUUGUUCUGGGUAUCCAACGUAGCCAGAAGACCCCUCACCCCCAGGCGCAGAAGUUUGACGAUGUCGAACGACUGCUCCUGGAAUCAAAGCUCUCUGGGGAUGAAGAGGACUUGUAUGCCCGAAGCUUACACGUCGAACCAUCCACAGGAGCAGAAGGCCGAAAAAAGUUCGGCUGGCUACGUUCAUAG